AUGAGUUCGCCUACCCGCAAUGAGGAAAAGCAUCAAGAUGUAUCCGAGGAUAAUCAUGCUCAUCAAAAGUCAGAGAGCAAUCAAUCGAAGACUAUCAAGCUAGAUACUUAUUCUACUGAAAAAAAGCCUAAUCUUUUGCGGUCUCAUAGUUUAUAUAGUCCUCUUAGCCCAAAAUUUGGCUCAUCAGAUAAUCAUGCUCUAGGAUUUAGCCAUGAAUUUUCUAAUGCCCCUCAAUCAGCAGUUGCAAAUACUUCGCCAACAUCUAAUGUCCAUCUCCCAGGAAGUGCAAAACUUCAGAGAUUCCCAUCAAGUAAACAAAAUGAAAUUAUGAGAAAGAAUUCUUCUAGCAGAUAUCCAAAGAAGACAAGCUCCAUCUCAUCUAAUGCAUCAACAAUUUCUUCGCCUUCAUCUCCUUCUUCGACGACGCUGACCAAUUCUAUUCUUCAUCAUCACCACCAUCAUCCAUCAACAACAACUAUGCAGCGACAGCUGUCUGAGCAGUACAAAGUUCGUUAUAAAGUUCAAGAAAAAGCAUACAUCAAGAAAAUGAAUAAUGAAUAUACAGACGACUAUGCCACAAAAGCUAUUGAUACCAACAAAAAUUACUUGGAUAUAAUGGAGUCUGAUUCUGAAGGUGAAUUUGAAUCAGAUUUUCCUUUUGAUGAUUCAGAAAUUGAUGAUGAAUAUGAAGUUAUGGAUUCAACGCUAAAAAGGUCUUCUACCCUUCCUGAUACUCCAUAUGGCCUGCUGGAAAGCCAAACAAUGGAAAAUACCCCACCUAACAGAUAUUCAGAGCAACAAAAUACUUUGCAUAUGCAACAGCAAUUGUUCAAUAAGGAGUAUCUUGAACCUAAUUCCCCAAGUUUUGGUGGCACUGAAGAAAAGACUUCACCAGCUCAAUUAUCCAUGCAUAGUCCUCCCUCAGUUCCUACUGCUGCAUUAACCUUAUCUAAUGCUCAUGGAAGAAUGGACAAAAUUGUUUCAGAUUUAGAUAACAAUUUGCCUCUUCCAGAAGCGCAGUUUUCUGAUAACGAAGCGGCCGGUCAACUAUUAUUGACUACCGACAAUACCGACCUCAUUCGUCCUUCAGCAUUUGUUGGAAAACCAAAAACCUUGGCUGACUUUGAGACAAUCACUGGAGAGCCUGACAAUGAAUUCCAAAAGAUUUUUGGUGACGCAGAUGCGGAAGAUGAGGAGGACCUUAAUAUUACUUACGCCACAGAGAUUUCGAGAAUUAAUGCAGAUAAAGUAAAUGAAGCAUUUCAGAUCGAUGAUAGCAUUAUAUACCCAUUGAUCAAAUCAAAACUCAAGCCUGGGUUACUAGAAGAUCAAAAGUUUUUGGAAAGAUUUGAGUGGCAGGCAAUGCUAGGGGUGGUGGUCAAAAGUGAUAUUGUGAACGAUGAAAAGAACAAAAUGUUGAAGAAAUUAAAUUUCGGUGCCAAUGAGGAAAACACGAACAUCGUGAAUGCUCAUGGCGAGUCUGUUUCAUCAAGUAUGUUCAUCAUCCAGUGCAAAAAAGAUGUGUGGUUGUCCUUGAAGGCCAAAAGAUUUGGCCACACUGAGUCAGAGCAACGGGAAAUUUUGAGUUUUAGUAGAAGUUUGAUGGACGAAGUUAUCGAAGAAAUUUUGAACUUCAAGUAUGAUGAAAAACCAUUAGAGAAAAUUUUCUAUUCUACAUUGAUCAUUGAAGGCCAUUUUGAUGAUUCUGUGGAUUUGAGUAUUCUCGAGAAAGAAAAUUACAAAGAGAUUUUGCAAUUGACUGCUCAACAGACACAUAAAUUGAAUGCAAUGUUAUACGAGGAUGCUGGUGCGGUUGUCCAAGCUUUGCUUGAUAAGUAUGAUAAUUGUGAACAGCUUUGGAUGUCGCAUGAGGAAAUGGAAGCUGCUAAGCCUAUUAUCAAGACUGAAGGAUUUGCUAGGAAAUUAGAGGCAAUGAUUAGCUGGAGGAACAUUAUCAGUGCACUUUAUUUUGAAAAAUCAACCUUGAUCAAUUGGUUUAAAAGCGAAACAAUAUACCGUUCUAAUGACAAUUCAGGACGCGGGGAUAGCCGCUCAAGUCUUUCAUCGAAUCAAUUUUCUCAGGAGUUCAAUCAUCGCCAUUCCUCAUCUCUGAAAUCAUCAAUAUCGCGUCACAAUAAUUUCGACGAAUCACAACAGGAACAACUGAAUUCUGAAGAUGGUAGCAACCGUACAGGAAGCCUUAGCCCAACGAUAGCCAAUGAAUCGGUAAUAUCUGAUGGCGAUGACGGAAUGCAAUAUUCAUCUGAUCAAGAAGUUGCAAAGUUCCACGAUAUCAAUGAAUUAGAUGCCUCAUGGUUUGCAGAAAACAUUUUGGCUUAUAAGAAUUUAUCCGAAGUUGUUGAUAAAAAGCUCUUCAGUGUCAUCAAUCCAUGGACUAGAAAGGCUAAGGAGUCUUAUGUGAGCUCAAAGGAAAUAUAUCAGGAACUGAAUUUGCCAUCAUUUUUACCAAUUCUAUUGGAGCUCGUGAAAUUUCCAUCUAAUUUGAUGAAGGAGGUCCUCGGUAUUAGAUUACAGUAUGCUAAAAAUGUUUCUCAGCAAACGUUAUUAGGUAUCGAUCAAACAAUCUAUGAUUUCAAGGUUAUUAUUAAGUUGUGUUUCCAAGUCAAAGAGAAUUUAUUUAAAUUUUUGAAUGGGGUGCCGGAUAUUAACUUGGAAUAUUUGGAAAUUGACUAUGAGGAACAAGACAAUCUUUUGUUGGAUUUCACUGACUAUUUGCUUGUAUUGUUACAUAGAAAAUUGUUGGACAGUUCCCGAAGCAUCUAUUCUUUCACGACCUACGAGGAACCAGAGAUUCUUGGAAGACAGUGGGACUUUUUGAAGAACAUUGGAUACUUCUUGGAAAUUAAUUCAGGUUUCAAGGUAUCGAGAAACUUUUUAUUUUUAACUUGCCGCUUGUGUGUCCGAUUAUUGAAUUAUUUGGAGCACCAGCUUGAUAAUCCACAACUUAAUGUGAAACUAAAGUUUAUUAAAUGGUAUACAACUACCUUUGAUAAUUUUAGUAACUUGAAACGUCAACUUACAAAAUUAACUAAUAGUGCCCUUCGAAUGGUCCAAAACUCUUUAAUUUUGCACUUGAACUUCAAUAAAGAUUAUCAAAUUGCCAAAGCGUUGAUCCACUACUUUCACAAAGAAAACCAUGUCAUGAUUGCUAUUAAUGGUAAUGAGAAUUUGCACGACAUUUUGUAUAACAAGGGGAAACCACAAGAAGAGACAAAUGGCGCGAGGGCUUCGAGAAAAAAUCUUCGAGUAUAUGUGUUUGGAACUGAAGAUCUUCUUGAUGUUCCAGAAAAAGAAAUCAUUGGUUCACUCCAAGGCUCCAAGCUUGGAGCGGAUAUAGAGAAACCGUCACUUGAUGCUUUAGUAGUUGGUACAGAAGGUGCUCAGGUACUUGAAUAUACCACCAAUGAAGGGGGAAAGCCCAACAAACAUUUUAUGGCUAGCACUAUUUACUCUGGGCAUACGUCUCCAAGUACUAGCGAGGUUGAAUCCGUUAGUACCGUUGAUAAAGAUUCUAUUACCAAAAGUUACAAUGAAGAGAAACGUUUCCACAAUGUGCCAUACUUGAUAGUUCUUCCAGUGAUUCGUAAGAUCCCUUGGGAGGGCAAGGUGCGGAACAUUGUUAUUCAAGGAGAUAAAAAGUCAACUUUCCCUAAAUUGGUCUCCGCAAGAUAUGGUAAUGCUUUAUUGAUCGCUCAUGGAUCACCUUUGAAUUUACCAGCUGCUAAAACGACUCUCAUAAAUAAUAUGAAAAAGCACUAUGUGGAGGAAAUUAAUGUUCUGUCCGAAUCUCUACUGGAGACAGCAUCACCAAGACAUAGUAUUGACGCUGCAGUGAAAAUGUUUGAUAGAUUAGCUCUCGAAGAUGACGAGGAGUCAAUCAAGGAAGGCACUAAUACACCUCAAGUAUCAGAUUUACUAUUAGAUAAGAAAAUUGUCAAACUUAUCAAAACCUUGAGAACAGAGAAAACCUGUAGUUUGCUACAAAUUCAAAAGGAGUUGGUGCGUAUCAACAAGAAUUUCAACCGAAUGUCAUUUGUUUGUUUGAAGAAGGGAUUGGUGUUAAAAGACCAAAUUCUUGAGCUUAUGGCCCGUGAAAGGGAGCCAGAUCAAAGCUGUUUGGAAAUUCUUAAUAAUUUAUUUUACGUUAUCAGAGAUACCAGUUUAUCGUCUCUUCGGAAUAUUGAAGCAGAUGAAGUGGGUGAGUUUAUGAACUUAAUGAUCGAGUUGAGUAUUGAGUGGAUCAAGGUUGUUGUUGACGAUUGUGCCUCCAAGGAAAAGAAGACCUUUAGAUGGUGUGUUUCUGCUCUUGAGUUUGCUUUAUUAGUUUUCCAAAAGUUCAACAUUCUUUUGUUGACAGAUGAGCAAUUCAAAAUUUUGAAGACAAAAGUGGCAGGUUGCUUGUCGUUGUUGAUUUCCCAUUUUGAUAUUAUGGGUGCAAGAUCAAACAAGGCCGACAGAGUGUUAUUAUCCUAUUCCAAGUUACAAAAGAAAGUCAUUCAAAGAGAGAGUACUUUGGCGUUACAUAAGAAUUCUGAAUUGAAUGAAAAGAUUAUUCAGCUUGAUAAUCAGUUGACUGAGAAAUUGCGCAAAUAUAAGGAAGUUGGUAAAGUUCUUGAUGAUAGGAAAUCUGAAAAUAAAUUUUUGACCUAUUUAUCAUCAAGUUUCUUCAAGUUCUCAUCUAAAUGGCAAAAAGGUGAUUACUUGGGUGGGGGUACCUUUGGUUCAGUUUACAAAGCCACCAAUUUAACUAAUGGUAAUGUUAUGGCAGUCAAAGAGGUCAAGUUUCCAAAUAGUCAAUCUGUGGCAAAUAUUGGGAAAGUAAUAAAAGAUGAAAUGACGGUUCUUGAAAUGUUGGAGCAUCCUAAUAUUGUUCACUACUUUGGUGUGGAAGUUCAUAGUGAUAAAGUUUAUUUAUUUAUGGAAUUUUGUGAACUUGGGUCACUUGGGUUUUUGUUACGUCAAGGUAGAAUUGAUGAAAUGAUGACUAAAUGGUAUACAUUACAAAUGGUAGAAGGUUUGGCCUAUUUACAUCUGAACAAUAUUGCUCAUCGAGAUAUCAAACCAGAAAAUAUCUUGCUCAAUCGUCUUGGUGUCAUUAAGUUCGUUGAUUUUGGUGCUGCUAAAGUAAUUGCUGCUUCUGGCCGCACUCGGGCAAUGACGGCAACAUUACCAGGACAAGCAGGUGUUACUGGUACACCAAUGUACAUGUCCCCAGAAAGUAUAACUGGUCAUGGUAACGAUGUUUUGGGGAGCUCGGACGUUUGGGCCCUUGGCUGUUGUGUUCUUGAGAUGGCCACCGGUCGCAGACCUUGGGCAAAACUUGAUAAUGAGUUUGCGAUUAUGUAUCACAUUGCUAAUGGGAAUAAACCACAAUUACCAGAAGAAGGUGAACUUAGUGAAGAGGGUAUUAAUUUCCUAAAUCGCUGCUUUGAAACUAAACCAGAAAGCCGUGCGAAGGCUGCAGAAUUGAUCAACGAUCCAUGGUUAGCCGAAACAAAGGCACUUCAUGCUACUGGAUAUGAAAGUAGUGCUUCUUCUGAUAUAAUGGAAUUUGCCUAG